AUGGCCGCGACACAAACCGUCCAAGUCGCCCACCUAGGUGCCAAAGUAGGCUACGAGAUAUCGAACAACAACAAACUAGACCCCACCAAGCCGACCUGCAUCAUGAUCAACUCGAUGAACACGACCGCGUCGCUGUACCGCGCGCAGCUGGACGAUAACAACACAAAACUCACGGGCGCCUUGUAUGUGCUCGCCAUCGAGCCCCUGGGCCAUGGCGCCACGAGGUGUGAUGUUGAGCACUUCACGUACUGGGACUCGGCGCGCGUUGCGCUGCAGGCUAUGACGAAGCUGGGUGUUGAGAGGGCGUUUGCGUUGGGCACAAGCUGGGGGGGUGGAUCGUUGUUCGUAUGGCGCUGCUGGCUCCUGAGAGGGCACAUCGAUGGAUUCCGAGUCUGCCGAAUCCCGAUCCAAGGGGUGCUGGGAUCCCGCGCCGUUCGCCAUACCGUUCCUCAAAAGUGGACGUCCUCGACUCCAACCCCCGACUUCGUCGUCGACGAUGACUGGAUUGGCUCCCUCCUCGACUUGGGCUUCGGAGACGCGGCGACGGAUGGAGUGAGAGAGAGCGGGAGAGAUGGAGUAGGACGGUAA